AUGUCAGAAAGGGGUUUUAUAAGAGUUAAAGUUCUUCAGGCCGAGGUGACUCCUGGAGUGCAGCAGGAGGACCCUUUCGUCGCCAUCAAUGUCAAAGAGACAGUCAACAUACCAGGCAAUGGCGUACAGCUUGUUCAGAAGAAGAAGACUCUCUAUCCUAAAUGGAACUCAAGCUUUGAUGCCCACCUGUACGAUGGACGAGUCAUCCAAAUCGUUCUCAUGGACAGACCAAACAAAUUGAUUGGUGAUGUCAACGUAGCAGCUAAAGUCCUGUCUGAUGCGUGUGACAGCACAAGUGGCCGCAGUGGACCAAUCUGGCUGGACAUGAAGCCGGUGGGUCGAUUACAGGUUCAGGUCCGGUAUUAUGCGGAGAAUCACGGCGAAAUGGGAGACAAUGACGUCAUGUCGACACCCAAACCGAACCUAGUCAGACGAGGAGCUAUGAAGCAGCAGAAAGUUCACGAGGUUAAAGGUCACCACUUCAUUGCCAAGUUCUUCAGAACACCAACGUACUGCUCGUUCUGUACAGACUUUUUAUGGGGCUUAAACAAGCAAGGAUACCAGUGUCAACUCUGCAAUUGUGCAGUUCAUAAAAAGUGUCACGAGAAGAUCCUCGGUAAAUGUCCUGGCAGUGCCAAGGACAGCAGAGAGACCAUGAUGCUAACGGAGAGAUUCAACAUCAACGUACCCCAUCGUCUCAGAAUCAACAACUACAUGUCUCCCACAUUCUGUGACCACUGUGGCUCUAUGCUGUUUGGGCUCUUCAGGCAGGGCCUCAAAUGUGAAGUAUGCGGCAUCAACUGCCAUAAGAAAUGCAAACAGUUCAUGCCCAAUCUGUGUGGAGUUAACCAGAAACUGUUGGCCGAAGCUCUGCAACAAGUGAAAGUAGGCACUUCUCCCGCGGACAAGAAGAGAUCACUUUUAUCAGCGGACAGUACUACAGUACCUCCAGAUGAUGAAGGUGGAGACAGCGACGACAGCACUAGUUAUCACAGAUGGGAUACAGUUGAGCAACCAGAUGAUUCACUUCUGUCUGCGUUAGAAGUCAGGAAGUUCAAACCGGAUGACUUUAUCUUCAUUAAGGUCUUAGGAAAAGGCAGCUUUGGCAAGGUUCUCCUGGCAGAGUUAAAAGAGACUGGCACUUUCUAUGCCGUUAAAGCACUAAGAAAGGAUGUAGUCUUGGAGGAUGAUGAUGUUGAGUGUACAAUGAUUGAGAAACGAGUGCUGGCUAUUGGCUCUAAACAUCCAUUCUUAACUCAUCUUCACAGUACUUUCCAAAACAAGAGUCAUCUCUUCUUUGUGAUGGAAUACCUCAAUGGUGGAGACCUCAUGUUCCAUAUACAGCUCUCAGGAAAGUUUGAGUUUGUACGCGCGCAGUUUUAUGCAGCAGAGAUUUUGUGUGGGCUGCAGUUUCUACACAAGAAUGAUUUUGGCAUGUGUAAAGAAAACAUCUUUGGUGAAAAUCGUGCAAGCACGUUCUGUGGCACCCCUGACUACAUUGCCCCUGAGAUUCUCAAAGGAGCCAAAUACAACUCCUCUGUUGAUUGGUGGUCGUUUGGUGUGUUGCUGUAUGAGAUGUUGAUUGGCCAGUCUCCUUUCCAUGGCGACGAUGAAGAUGAUCUCUUCCACUCCAUCUUGCACGACACCCCCAGAUACCCGCACUCAAUACCACGGGAAGCUACCUCAAUAAUGAGCUUGCUGUUUGAGCGCAAUCCUUCUGAAAGAUUGGGCAUGCCUGCGUGUCCGGCUGGACCAAUUAACUCUCACCCAUUUUUCCGUAACAUUGACUGGGAGACACUAGAGGCUCGACGGAUGAACCCACCAUAUAAACCUAAGAUUAAGAGCGCAAGCGACAGUUCGAACUUUGACUCAGAGUUCACAGCAGAGAAAGCCAGACUGACGCCUCCAGAUGCAGCACUUCUCAAAACAAUGAACCAAAACAUCUUCAAGCAUUUCUCUUUCACCAGUGAAGAUGCCUUUCGCUCAUGA